AUGGAGGCCACUGACUGUAGAAGAGCCUUCCCUUCGUUCGACGAGCCUGCUUUGAAGGCCACUUUUGACAUUACUUUAGUGGCUGACAAGGAGUUGACUGCUUUGUCCAACAUGGAUGUUAAGGAGGAGAAGAUUCUUGAAUCUGGAAAGAAAGCUACUUCGUUUAAUACCAGUCCUGUUAUGAGUACUUAUUUGGUUGCUUUCAUUGUUGGCGAAUUGAGUUAUGUUGAGAGCAACUAUUUCCGAGUUCCAGUUAGAGUCUACGCUACUCCUGGUAUGGAGGACCGUUGCAAGUUCUCUGCUGAGCUUGGUGCUAGAACUUUGGAGUUCUUUGAGAAGAAGUUCGACGUUCCAUAUCCUUUGCCCAAGAUGGAUAUGGUUGGUAUCCACGAUUUCAGUGCUGGUGCUAUGGAGAACUGGGGUCUUGUGACUUACAGAGUGGUUGAUUUGUUGUUUGACGAAGAGAAUGAUAAUGCUAACACCAAGCAAAGAGUUGCUGAGGUUGUUCAACACGAAUUGGCUCACCAAUGGUUCGGUAACUUGGUUACCAUGGACUGGUGGGAUGGACUUUGGUUGAACGAGGGUUUUGCUACUUGGAUGAGUUGGUACAGUUGUAAUUCGUUCUACCCAGACUGGAAGGUCUGGGAGACUUAUGUUGGUGACAAUUUACAAUCGUGUUUGGCUUUGGACUCUUUAAGAUCUAGUCACCCUGUUGAAGUGCCUGUGAAAAGAGCCGAUGAGGUUAACCAGAUUUUCGACGCUAUCUCUUACUCAAAGGGUUCUUGUAUCGUCAAGAUGGUCUCUAUCAUUCUUGGUGAAGAUACUUUCAUUAGAGGUAUUAGUCGCUACUUGAAGCGUCACCAAUACGGCAACACUGAGACUGGCGAUUUGUGGAAAGCCUUGAGUGAAGAGUCUGGUCUCGAUGUCGCUGGUAUUAUGGAUACUUGGACUUCCAAGGUCGGUUUCCCAGUUUUGACUGUUAGUGAAGAUGGUAACACCAUUCACGUGCGACAAAACAGAUUCUUGGCUACCGGUGAUGUAAAGCCCGAAGAAGAUACUACUAUCUAUCCUUUGUCGCUUGCUUUACGUAACAAGUCUGGCAAGGUCGAGAAUAUCAAUCUCGAUAAGAGAGAGAUUUCUAUCGAUUUGUCGAAAUACGAUGCUUCUUCUGCUUUUUACAAGCUCAAUGCUGACCAAGCUGGUCUUUACAGAACUUUAUACCCACCAGAGCGCGUUGUUAAGCUCAGUCAAGCUGGUGCUGAUAAUCUUUUGUCAGUCGAGGACCGUGUGGGACUCAUUGCUGACACUGCCUCGCUCAGUGUUUCCGGUUAUCAAAAGACCUCUGCUCUUCUUGACCUGAUUUCGCUCUGGAAGAACGAAAAGGAGCCUAAUGUGUGGAUGGAGAUGCUUAAGCGAUUUGGUGCUAUCCGCAAGACCUGGAUCUUCCAACCUGAAUCUACCACUGAUGCCCUUAAACAGCUUCUUGGCGAGCUUGUUUUGCCCAAGGUUAAUGAGUUAGGCUGGAAUUUCCAUGCUGAAGAGUCGCUUCUUCAACAACAGUUGAAGGGAACUCUUUUCAGUUCCGCUGUUUCUAGCGAGAAUGAUAAGAUUGUUAAGGAAGCUCUCAGUCUGUUUGAGAAGUAUGCUAGUGGAGAUGCCAAAGCUGUCCACCCUAAUAUCAGAGCUGCUGUAUUUGGCGCUGCCGCCAAAUAUGGUGAUGAAGCCACUUGGCAACGUCUUGUUGAUGUGUAUACAUCGCCCAAGUCUUCUGUUGAGGGUUUAGCUGCCAUCACUGCUUUGGGUGGUGCUAAGAACGUCGAUUUACAAAAGAAGACAAUCAAGCUCACUCUUGACGGAACUGUCCGUUCUCAAGAUGUUUUCUAUGUUCUCAACGGUCUUUCGACUAACGUUGCUGGUAUUCAAAUUCUCUGGGACUGGCUCCGUGAAGAGUGGGAUGCUAUCACUAAGAAGUUCCCUGCUAAUAUGGGUUUGCUUCUUAAUAUCAUUUAUAUUUGCACUGGCUCGCUCGCUACCCCUCAACAUCUGAAGGAAUUUGACGAAUUUUUCAAGUCCAAGGAUACUAAGGGUUUCGACAAGGCUGUAUCUAUUUCUAGAGACCGUCUUGUCUCACGCAUUGCCUGGCUUGAGCGUGACGUCAAGGACGUCGAAGAAUGGCUUGCCAAGCAUCAAUCUUCUACCAAGCUUUAA